CGAAAAAAAGUAUUUCUGAAAUUAUAUAGUUAGACGAGUAGUAAUAAAGCAAAUAAUUAAAUUCCAAAUAUGGCCUCCAUCAAAAAUGCACUAUUAAAAGCUCCUAGCACCUUUUUAAUUGUUCGAAGAUUUCGUGGUAAGAUAAAUAUACAAAAACCGCGCAAACCCCAUUUUGAAAGACAACUCUUGAUUGACCUAACAAAGCCUUAUUUUGGACCACCUAAAUACACAUUACCCGAUGUUGUUCUUUGUGAUAAGGCUACCACUGAGCAUAAGAAAGAAAUCGACAAUCCUUUUGAACGUAUUCUGGCAAAAGAGUGCCUUGACUGGUUUAACACUUCAAAAAUGGUUGUUUUUUUGCAUUUAAAUUCAAUAAGCAUGGAAGAUAAAACGCCAAUUUUUGCUGCUCUCAGAAAAAAUAAAAUGCAUUUGAGAACAUAUGGUAAGAAAAUUGUAAAAAUGGCAACAACUGGGACCCGCUAUGAAGCUGUCAAUUGUUUAUUUAAUUCUCAUCAAAAUAUUAUAUUUGGUCAACCGGAAAGUGCUGACAAAAUGUUUAAAAUUUUGAAGAAAGCACCACAGCUUGUUGUAAUGGCGGGCAUAAUUGAAGAUCGUUUGAUGUCGAAAAAUGAACUGGUUGAAUUUAGUAAACUGCCCAAUAUUGAUAUGGCAAGAAGUCAACUAUGUGGUGUUUUACAAAGUGCAGCAUCUUGUCUUGUGGGUCAGCUCAAUCAGAGCCAACAAACCUUGGUGUCUCAUCUUGAAAAACAUGUAGAAAUUAAAAAUAGUGAAACAUAAUGUUUUUAUAAAAAAUAAUUAAAAAUUCUUAGUAGCUUACAAU